AUGAAGCUGAUCAAACAGAAGAAUGCUGUUUAUCCAUAUAUUUAUGCUUGGUUGGUUCAUUUACUGAUUACAGCAUUAUAUUCAUCACAGGUCAAUGGAAGCACACAAAUGAUAAACUAUUCUCUCUGGGGCAGACCACUUGACAAUUUAUUGGUAAGGGAUUUACACAAGGUAAUUAUAUUAGAGGAACAAAUAAAAAAAAAGCCGCAUAAUAUGGAUAAGAGUAUAAUAGGCGCAAGAAGAACACUUGAGCUUUUAUUAAAAGUAAAUACACAAUCGGAAAUAUUAAGAAUAUUGACGGUUAUAAACAUAAUAGAUGAAAAUAUCUACCCAAUUGAAAAUAUAAAAACACAUGCAGACCUAAUCAAUAGGUUAUUUGGUGUUGCAGAAGUGCUUAUGGGAAAUAAUAAAGAGCACAUAAGAAAAGACAUUGCUGUUGAUAUAUCCCAGGCAACAAAUAUUUGUUUACAGAUAAUAGUGUCUAACUUAAUUGCUCGGCAUAUUUUCACUAUUCUGCAAAUAUUCCCACAGAGGGAUACACAUUUAAUAGAUCAUUACAUAUUUCAAUCAAUCAAUCAGCAAAGCAGUGGUAUGAUAAAUCAUUCUUUUAAUUCGCGUAGAGAGAAAACAGCUGAGGAUUGUAUUUUAAAUUUUACUACUGUAUACGAUGAAUUGGAAGUUAUUUGUUGUAGGCGGAUAAGAAAGGCAUUUUCCAAUCUGUCAUUAUAUGAGCUAACACAGUAUGUUGAUCAGUAUUUGACCAUAUUCCAUAGAUACAGCGGGCAGGAGUUCUGUGAUUAUAUACUGCAGAAGGACUUGAAGAUGCAAUUAUUCCAAGUUGUUUCAGGCAGGAAUAAUUUUAUGUCUAUACCUAUAGAUCCAGUUGAAGACAUGCAAAUACCUGUAGAAAGGAAAUAUGUUCAUUCUAUUUCUGAGAACAACAUUCACUUUUUACAGAACGGCGAGGUGCCAUUUAACAAGAUAAAUGCACCAGUAAAAACAUAUAACGGCGAUGAUUAUUUCUCUAAUCAUGCUAUAUCAUAUGAAGUAGAUAGAAGAGGAUUUUAUUCGCCACAGGUGGAUAAAAAUAUAUAUUGGAGAAAUACCAAUAGCCUUAAAAAAGGAGAGUGUGUUGAUUCAGAGUAUUUGGCGCCAUUCUCAAAAAAUAGAAAGAGCACACUUUCAUCACAUAUGACAUCGCGAAAUAGAAGUAAUUCAGAAAGUACAAUAACCAGCUCAUCCCAUACCUAUUAUUCAAUUGAUGCACCAUCCUGCAUAGCCCCGGAUGUUUCAUCUACUAAAUUAUACCCGAAUGCGCACUCUUCUUGGAAAGAUGAAGAAUACUGCUAUAGAUCUUAUAAAACAAUGCCCCAUAACGAUUGUUUACCACUUUCUACAAAGAAAAAGUCUAAAGCAAGUAAGAUAAUUAACAAAAUUUCAUCAGCCUUUUCAUUUAUUAAAGGAACUGAUCGAAGCAGUCGUGAAGAUUCUCGAUCAAAAACAAAUACAAACCGUGGCAACACAUCAUCCAAAUCACCGAGCGACUCUAAAAGAUUAUCAACAAUAAGCUCUACAAAACGAUCAUCAAGUAUAAAUAGAAAAAAUAUUAUUAGUGAACAUAGAAAUAAUGCAGAUAAAUGGAAUAGAGAAAGAAGUAGCACUUCUAGUGAUGACACUAUAGUAAUAAGGCCAAGUGCAUCUCGGAGAAAAGGCUGGAUAGGUGAAAGAGCAAGGAUAGAGAUACCUGAGGAAAAAAAUCCUGUUAAUUAUCCAGAAGAGCCCACUUCUUCUGUGAAUAGCCUAGUAACUAAAUCAAAUAGGCCAUGUUUAGAGCAUAGUUCAACUAUUAAAAAAUCACCUCAUAUUAUUCGCAGAGACGUUCAGCAGGAGAAGAUGCAUGCGCAAACCAGCUAUAAUUUAAGUGAAGCAAAGACCUACCCGCUACCUAAAUUGACACUAACGUAUGACCUAUUAGACACAGACCAUAAGCAGGAACCCAGAGAGAAAAAAUGUCUUUCUACCAGUUCGAAGCAAAGCGAUAAAGAUCAUGUGUCAUCUCCACAAUUUCCUUCUCCAAAGGAAAAAGAAAGUAGUAAUUUAGAACAGUCAAGUAUGCGCUGGCUAACUCGCCCAAUAAAUAUAAAAGCGACUGAAUCAUAUCCAAAACCAAAAAAGAAUCCUUUAAUAUCAGAACCAUCCACAGCGGAUUCAAUUGUGUACCAUGAUAAAGUAUCAAAAGGCGAAGCUAUAUCACAGAAAAGGUCCCGACUAAAACCACAGGAGAGUUUGGAUGAUACAAAUUAUCAGAGACGAAAAAACUAUUCUGAUAUGCAUCUACAUCCACACAGCGCCUUAAAGAACUCUUUACCAUUUCAUUCACUUGAUGAAGCUAGUUCUUCUUCUACUAAGAACUUGGCUAAUAAGAAUGACUCCGCAUGCGUUGAUCUAGACCGUAUAAUAGAAGAAUUACUGGCCAGUAUAGCUAGCAUAAAACAAACUAAUACUUAUUAAACAAAUAAACCUACC